CAACCAAACAAGUGUAAAAGUCAUUCUGUUUGUUUUGCUGGACGAUUCGUUUUUGUCUGUUAGUCACACAGAGUUCGUCAAGAUUUUAUUUGUUUGUUUAAAUAAAUUCCUUUUUGUAAUGUGACUACAUAUAAUUAUAGAAGGACAACAGCUGAACAAUGUCAAAUGUAGCUGCAUUUAAACUUCUAGUUUCCCCUGACUUACUUCAUGAUUUUCUAUUUGUCUUCAUACUGUUUUAUGGAAAAUAAAUACCGAUUCCCAAUAAAAGUUAUAGGACACAUAUUGGGAUUUUUAGGAACCAAGUAGUGCCAAGAUGAAGGUCCUUAAAGUGAUAAAUUCGAGUGUCUUUCAAAUAAUAUCAGUUUUAUUUGUUGCGGGUUAUCUCCUUGGUGUUUUAAAUCUGCAUUUCAGUGAUAAAAAUAAUUAUUGUGUAAUGACUUACAUGUUUGAAUUUCCCCAAUUUGUGGAAAUUUCAGUGCCAGAAAAUAUUGAUAAUCCUCAAUAUGGACUUUAUGCUUACAGUGAGGGAAGGUUGACUGAAAUGACUAGGAAAAUGUGGUUUAACGGGGUACCUGUUCUAUUCCUACCUGGGAACUCUGGUAGUCACAUGCAGGCCCGGUCUCUGGCAUCUGUGGCUCUUCGAAAAGCCCUAGCUCGUGAUUAUGAUUAUCAUUUUGAUUUUUUUACAAUAAAGUACAAUGAGGAACUUUCGGGAUUGUUUGGUGGAGUAUUGCAGAGACAAACUGAAUAUGCAUCAGCCUGCAUUACCAAGAUUUUGAGCUUAUACAAGAGCAAUAAGUAUACUAAAAUGGUGCCAACUUCUGUGAUUCUCAUUGGCCAUUCAAUGGGUGGUGUAAUUGCUAAAAGGCUCUUAGCAUAUCCAAGUACCUUAAAUACCACAUCAAUAGCAAUCACAUUAGCAGCACCUCUUCAGGCUCCAGUAAUAAACUUUGACAUGGAAAUGAAUCAUUAUUACCUACGGAUGAACAUGGAAUGGGAGGCUAACAUUACUGUAGAUGAAAACAUGAGAGAUAAAAAGCUUUUGCUAAGUUUUGGAAGUGGUCCGCGAGAUGUAUUGAUCCCUUCUUGGUUGACAACAUCCAAUGAAAGUGACAUUGGAGCUCUUACAACAUCCGUGCCCGGAGUUUGGGUGUCAACAGACCAUGUUAGCAUAGUGUGGUGCAAACAACUAGUUAUGGCGAUCAAUAGAUAUUUGUUUUCCAUAGUUGAACCACAUACGAAACAAAUCAAAGUAGAGAAAAAUGAGCUAAAGAAAAUGGCAAAGCAUUUUUUUAAGGCCAAUCGGUCAAUGUUCCUAAGUCCAGAUAUAGUGAGACCUGAUGUGACCAUGCUUAUGGAUGCUUUCUGGUACGAAGAUAAUAGACGAAUUUACCAGGUGUCCAGACCAGAGAUUGAAAAGACCACCUAUUUGAUGAUAAGACUUGUGACUUUCCCGCAAAAUCGGUUCGUAGCGGUAGAAGCGGUAAACGUGGAUGACAAAGACUGGAUAUUUGGAUGUAGUGCCAAGUACACGCACAACACUUAUAGAUAUUGUAAACAAGCAACUUCAUUAGCCGAGCUGAGCCGCUGGACUGGUGCUGCCACCAACUUCGGGAAACGAAAACUAGCGACAGUACACCUUCAUAGGUUGAAAGAUGACUUUCCUGAUUGGACCCACGUGGUCGUUAAAGUAUCGCCAACUAGGAAACCGGUAGUUUUAAACGUAGAUAUAAAUGAUCAUGCAUCAAGACAGAUCACCGUAAGCCUACCCUCAUAUUUCUCGUUUGGAAAGUCAGUUAUAAAGGCGGAGACAGAAAAGGACAGUCUAUAUUACGAAUUAAUUCUGACGAAUUUCAAUGUGAUCCACGAGGCCUACCUACUUUAUGUAGAACCUACGGCUAAUUGCAAAGCAAUACAGUAUCAUGUAUCGGCUGAAUUGAGUGUGCCUUGGGGGCAGAAUCAAGAGUAUUAUCAUUAUUUUACCCAAUCCAAACUGUCUCCAAUGAAGCUGAGGUUAUUCAUGAGCAAUCCUAAUGUUACGUUAGGAUUGGAAGCGCAGGAGCAUCCGAAAAUAACUUUAUUGUUGGAUCCUCAAUGCACUUUUACUAUUAGCAUUUCUACCUCCUGGUACCACCGUCUCGGGCAAAUGGUGAGAUACUACACGCCGGUGCUACUUCCGUACAUGGCAGCCAUAGUGUUGUUAGCUGCUAGAAGUAACAUCCUCCAUGUCAUUGAACACGGAUCCUGCCAGUCGAUCCAUAUGGCGUUGAUGAGCGAGGGAGUGAAGCCUUACUACGCGCUCGUUUACGCGAGAUUGGCGACUAUGGCUUUGGUGGCUAUCCCGUUUUUAUCAUUUAUCACCGAGACUGCCAGUCACAAUAACCAAGAGUUGCAAUAUUUCGUACGUUCGCUCGUAGUGUUGCCAACUUAUAUGACCGCGCUUGGACUAUUGAACAUUGCGGCCGCUGCAACCGUUAUUGUGAUGGUGUUUUCAUCACAGUUAGCUCAUCGAUUAUUAUUUAGAAUAGUGUGGCGGGGCGGUAGUGGUCUAGCCGAGCGAGUGGCGUCUGCACUCCAGAAGAUUCCUGUGUUGGUGAGCAUCGUGCUCGUGUCUGCCGCGCCGCUUUCUUGUGGCGCCGCGUCCAUGAUGGCCGGCGCUGCCUUCUACGCGUUUAUGUUGUCAAAAAUGUACGAAGAGUACCUAGAAGACUACGCGUACAAAUUGAUGGCCAAAGUUGCAUCAAGAAUAUGCAGAAUGUUCAAAUCUAAAAAGACUGUUAGCACAAAUAAUGAAUCUGAAUCUAGUCUUAUAAAAACUUCUUCAAAUGAUGAUGUUUCAACGGAUAUUAAAGCAAUAGAAGACAAUAAAGAGAAAAGUGAGAAAAGAGAUGAAAUUAGUCAGAUAAAGGACAGUUCUAACAAUGAUAAUGAAAAAACAGAGAGUGAAAAAGCUAUAGUAGUAAAUAGUGUAGAAAAAGGCCAAGGAGAAUCUGUGCCAAAAUGUGAUGAAAUUGAAGAUAAAAAGAUAGAAGCUGAAGAAAUUAUAGAUGAUAAUUUGAACAACUUGAAUUUCCAUAUGAUGUUAUUCUUCAUGUGGAUUGUUGUAACAAUAGUGAAUUUGCCAGUGCUGAUGACGUGGGCUAGAAAUUUCAAGUACUCAAUGGAAUUGAAACCAGAUACAUCUUUACAUACCGGCAUGGCACUUGCGUCUUGUUCAAGUUUUAUAUGGCAGAUGGAAGGACCAAGAAAGAAUUUAAAAAAUUAUGAGGCAAUGGCACAUGCACUGUUCACAAUGGCUGUGUGUAUAUUAGUGUUGGGACCAUUUUCUCUAACCUUCGUCAAUUAUGGUGUUACAUUUAUGGUCAUCCUCAUAACUGUACAACAAAUGUUUGAUAGUGAAGACAAACCACCAGGUGAAGAAACAGAUAUAGAAGAUGCUCCAAAUGAUGCCAAUGCAGAACAAAAAAAUGAAAUUAAUAGUGACAAGAAUGAAACUGAAGAGAAUGUGAACAGUAAACCAAAUGCUAAAGACAAAGAUGAUGAAAACGCGCCUAGUGAAGAAAAUAAUAAAAAAAAAGGUUUGAAUGCUAAUGAUGACGCAAGCACCAGUGAUGAUUGUGAUGUGUGCAACGAAAGUAGGAUAUACAAUGUUUUUAAAAAUCUUAGAGAGAAGUUUAGUUUCAAUGAUGAGUUAUAAUACAUGCAUGUAUGAGUAUUACCUUUUAUAUUUAUAGCUGUAAGAUAAGAGAUUAUAUAUUGUGUUCAACAGCUGAAAAGUGUGAUCAAAUUUUCUUUAUUUGUGUUUAACUUACACUCAUAUGUUUUACAAAUAACUGGAAAAUAUAAUUCUUAUUAUUUCCUUUAGUUUCAAUUUAUUAAAAGAGACAGGUUAAGGCUCUAUGUAUUUUUCUCAGUGAGAUGUGUAUUAUAAUUUAUGACUAUUGUAAGGCUGUUUGUUUUUCUGUUAACCAUACAGAUGUAUUUUUUAAAUUAUGUAUCAAUAAUUUUGGCCAAAUUGUUUUUUUAUAUGUAUAAAAAGGCUAUGAGAUUACUACCAGUAUUAAAUUUUUGUACUAGAGAGUAUACAGCCAACCAUUAAAUGGUCAAAUACUGUGGCCAGUUCAAGUUGUCCUAUUGGUACCACCAUAUACUAUUGAUAGGUACAAUUAUAUUGACAUUUGGGUAGCUACCAACCCAAACCCAACUCAUUUCAUAAAGGUAGGUAGGUAAAUUCAUACGAGAAUCUGUAGCUGGCCUAAGAUUUUUUUUAUACUGAAAUGUUGUUUGUUACUUUUUACAAAAUUGUUCAUCUUUUUAACAAUCUUCAACAAAAGGUGGUUGACAGUUUAAAAUGUAUGUAUGUUUUUUCCGCGAUUAUCUAAUGUUUCCCUGUACAGAAUUUGAUGCAGUUUUUUGUAAUGUUUGUUAUAUGUAUUUAGGUUUUUAAAAUAUAACCAACCUCAAAAAAAAGGAGGAUAUCAACAGGAGGCAGUUCUUUUUAAUUUAUUUUACUUUGUGAUUGCAUUUUAUAAAUUUCAAUUUAUGUUGGAAAAAUAGUCUUUGCGGUAACAAAGUUUGUCAUGUUUUUUUUAUUU